CACCAACAGCAACAACACACCACUUGUUCCCACGCAUAACAUCAUCUCAGAGUGUCAUUCUCGAGUCGUCUCCUGCCUUGCAGAAUCCCGAAAAUGGACGACCACUCUUUCCUCUCCACGGAGCCGUCGAGGCUAGAUGGCAUGUCCCUUCAUGACGCUUUGCCUCAUCAGCUGCGGGAAACGCGGACACCCCCGUUGGCAGGACCAAGCUCACACGACCCAGUCUACACGACCGUUGGCACUUACGGCGAAUAUCCUAUUCCUUAUAACAACUCUUCGCUACCAACUCCUGUUUCAGGGGCUGGGUCACCAGAAACUCCCGAAAGCACGCAGGAGCUUCCAAUGGUCAAGCACGAACCUGGUACUGGUGAUCACGAUUCGCCACGUUCAACCUCGCGUGCUGAAUGGCACUAUGAGAACAGUGUUUCGUACCACAGCCACCCUCACUCGCCUGGCACUCUUCAUCACCAAUCCCACGGCUAUGCGAUGUACGAUGGACUGGAAGGUUCUGAUGAACCCGAUAUCCACCGGCCUGCAGCCACUGAACCUUCGUUCUGGCCAUCCCCAGCCUUGACCACAGAAGUAAUGCCCUACUCAAUGGACAUGAAUUCGUCCGCAAUGGUCAGGCACGACAUGCCACUCGCGCCAAAUCUGCAUGCUCUUCAGACUCCCCACCAUCAAUCACACCUCUAUCGUCAAUCUCAUGAUACCUAUGAGCGAAACUAUCAUGCUUCAGCAUCAUCAUCGAACGACCUGGGAGGUGUUGCCCAGUCCUACCCACAAUACCACCAUGCCCAGCCUAGCCUUGUGGUGAACGAGCACAAGGCAGAGACUCGUGACGCCAGCAGGUCGAGCAAGAGUCGUUCACAAAAGGCCUCGAGAAGGUCUUCAGGAGCUCGUCGGAUACGCAACAAGCGAGCUACGCCUCGCCCCCGAGAUAAUUCCGACGAUAGACCUGAGCAAUACCCCCUUAACCCUGAGGAGAGGAUCGCCCUUGACGACAACGUGAAGGAACAGGACAGAUACCUCUACGAGUUGAGAUGCGAACUUGGCGCAUUCAACGGCGAAGACAUGUGGGAUCAAAUUGUGCAAAGAUAUGCGGAAAAGUAUGCACCAAAACGCAAAGCCACACUGCAGAUGCAGUUGAACCGAGCUCUAGCAAAACACCAGCGAUCAUCUAGCUCUCAGCUGACAGCUAGAUAGCGAGCCCUUUUGGCCGAUGUCAUGAGAGACAUCGUUCCCGUCAUUCGCCAAGAGCUGGAAAGGCGAGGGGGUAGCAGAGCUAUGACCUUCUGCAACGAGCAGAUCCUGGCACAACUGUCGCGGUCUGCAAGCCAUUGCGACCUCAAGAGCCAUGAUCAGUUGCUCGAGUUGACGGCAGAGCAACUCGAUUACAUCAUGGGCUCGGAAGCACAGAGGGAC